CCCGUGUAGGCAACGAAAGUCUGCGGGCGCGCGCCUGAGCUUUAGCUGUGGCUGUCUGACGUGGCAGAGCUCGCUCCCCGCUGCCUGUUGCCUGUGUCGCCGGCUCCGCUGCAAGUUCCAUACAAGUAGACCGGUGGAGCGCAGGAACGUCACUGCCCGGACAGAUAAUCUGAGAUCCUGCAGCAUCUAAUGAAAGUGUCAUCAGAAUGAGUCAGCAAGGCUAUGUGGCACCUCCUCCUUAUACGCAACCUCAGCCUGGGUUGGCAGGUUAUCCACCAGGCUAUGGGCCUCCUCCCACAUCACCUACUUAUGGACAUUUUGCCAGCCCAAAUAUUGGUUCUCCACCUCCUCAAAUGGGUGGGUUGAAACCUGCCGGACCCUUUGGAUCUUCUGGUCCACUGAACUCUCCACCACCCCCUCAAAAUAAUAUAUAUAAUGGACCAAAUUCAACCACAAACAUGCAAAGGCCUUCUGGACUUCCCAAUACCAGCAACACCUCACCUUCUUACUCGACGUUUGGGCAGCCUCCUUCACAGUUCAACAGUGCACCACCUCCCCAAGUCCAUCAGGUGACCAACCAGCUGAACAACAUGCAAUUAGGCGGCUAUGGUCCCACUUCCACAAGUAACUCUCAGAUGCCACCUAGUUCAGUUAUGCCAGGAAAUUUUCCAUCUCAGCCACUAGCUAUGGUGCCCGGUCCCCACACAUCUCCUCCAUCAGUCAACAGCCUCAAUGGUCUUCCUUCUGAGCCUCUUUUACAUCAUAGCGGUAUGCCAGAUGGAAUUCCUGGACAUCAUCAGUUCCAACCCCAAGUUCCGGGCCAGCCUUCCAAUCUUGGAUAUCCACCACAGAAUUUAAACAGUUAUGGUGCUCAGUUACCUGGACCUCCAACGCCUUACCCUGGUGCAUUUCCUGGAAGCCAGCAACAAAUGUCCGGGCCACCUCAAAAGAAACUCGACCCAGACUCCAUACCUAGUCCAAUACAAGUGAUUGAGAAUGAUAAAGUCAGCAGAGCUGGACAAGUGUAUACUACCAAUAUCAGAGGACAGGUCCCUCCACUCGUCACUACAGACUACACAAUACAAGAUCAAGGGAAUGCCAGCCCACGAUACAUAAGGUGCACAACAUACUGCUUUCCUACUACAUCCGAUAUGGCUAAACAAGCUCAGGUUCCUCUUGCUGCUGUCAUCAAGCCCCUAGCUGUGGUUCCCCCAGAUGAGACUCCUCUUUAUCUUGUGAACCACGGUGAAAAUGGACCGAUCCGCUGCAACCGAUGUAAAGCUUAUAUGUGCCCAUUCAUGCUAUUCAUUGAAGGGGGAAGAAGAUACCAGUGUGGAUUCUGCAACUGUGUCAAUGAAGUCCCUCCAUUCUACUUUCAACAUCUGGACCAUGUUGGCAGAAGAGUGGAUUGCUAUGAAAGGCCAGAGCUAUCUCUGGGAUCUUAUGAAUAUGUUGCUACACUGGAUUACUGCCGAAAAAACAAACCCUCCAAUCCACCAGUUUUCAUUUUCAUGAUAGACGUAUCAUACAGCAACAUUAAAAGUGGUGUUGUUAGACUAAUAUGUGAGGAGCUGAAAACUCUGCUGGAUCACCUUCCAAGGGAGGAGAAUGCAGAGUCAUCGGCUAUUCGUGUGGGAUUUGUCACAUAUGACAAGGUUCUGCAUUUCUACAAUGUGAACAGCAGCCUGGCCCAGCCUCAAAUGAUGGUGGUGACAGACACGGCAGAGGUCUUCCUGCCUCUUCUGGAUGGAUUCCUUGUCAAUUUCAAUGAAUCAAGAUCAGUAAUUCACAACUUGCUUGGACAGAUCCCAGAUAUGUUUGCAGAGACAAAUGAGAGUGAAACGGUCUUUGCUCCGGUUAUCCAGGCUGGUAUGGAGGCAUUAAAGGCAGCAGAAUGUGCAGGCAAGCUGUUCAUCUUCCAUUCAUCACUACCUACAGCAGAAGCCCCAGGAAAACUGAAGAACAGAGAUGACAGAAGGCUGAUUAACACCGACAAAGAAAAGAACCUCUUCCUACCCCAGUCCAACGCAUAUGAAAAUCUGGCAAAGGAAUGUGUUGCCACUGGGUGCUGUGUGGACCUUUUCCUGUUCCCUAAUAAUUACAUUGAUGUGGCAUCAGUGGGUCUGGUGACAAUGCUCACAGGAGGGACACUUUACAAGUAUAACAAUUUCCAGAUACAUACAGAAGGUCAGCAAUUUAUCAGUGACCUCAAGAAAGAUAUUCAGAAAAGAAUAGGAUUUGAUGCAAUCAUGAGAGUCCGUACAAGCACAGGAUUCAGGGCCACUGAUUUCUUUGGUGCUUUAUAUAUGAACAAUACCACAGAUGUAGAAAUGGCUGCCAUUGAUGCCGACAAAGCAGUAACUGUGGAGUUUAAACAUGAUGACAAAUUAAAUGAAGACACAGGAGCAUUGAUUCAGUGUGCUGUUCUGUACACAACCAUCAACGGACAAAGACGCCUAUUGGUUCAUAACAUCAGUCUGAGCUGCAGUCCACAACUUGCAGAUCUAUACAAGAGUUGUGAGACAGACGCCCUCAUAAAUUUCUUUGCUAAAUCAGCUUACAAAGCAACCCUGCAUCACCCUCUGAAGACAGUGCGUGAUGUGUUGAUCAAUCAGACAGCUCACAUGUUAGCAUGCUAUAGGAAGAACUGUGCAAGUCCCUCGGCUGUUAGCCAACUCAUCCUUCCUGAUUCCAUGAAAGUGCUUCCAGUCUACAUGAACUGCUUGUUAAAGAACGAGGUUCUGCUGGGCAACCCAGAGAUUGCCACUGAUGAGCGGGCAUUUCAAAGACAGCUGGUCAUGUGUAUGGAUGUGGCAAGCUCCCAGCUCUUCUUCUACCCAUUGCUUUUACCCUUACAUACGUUGGACGUCAAGAGUGACGCCAUUCCUUCAGCUGUCCGAUGUUCUGAGGAGCGCUUGUCUGAAGGAGGGAUAUUCCUUCUGGCCAAUGGCAUCAGCAUGUUCCUGUGGCUCGGUGUCAGUUCGCCACCAGAAUUCAUCCAAGGGAUAUUUAAUGUGCCUUCCUUUGCACACAUCACAACAGAAGCUACAUCUCUUCCUCAACUGGACAAUUCUCAUUCCAAAAAAUUAAGGGAAAUCAUGGAAUUUAUUCAGAGUAAAAGUUCACACUCAAUGAAGCUUGUCUUGGUGAAGCAGAAGGAUAAGGCAGAGAUGGCUUUCAGACAGCUGCUGGUGGAAGAUAAAGGGCUACUUGGGGGAGCUUCAUAUAUGGAUUUCCUCUGCCUUGUUCACAAAGAGAUCCGCCAGCUCCUUACAUAAUCGCUCCAAGAUGCCUUCCAUGAUACAUCCAUAAACAUGUCAGCAAGCACACUGCAUCCAGCUGCUGCUCGCUAUGGAGUACAAGACACCAUGUGACCACAGUCACAAGUCCAGACCUUUAUUUCAGAAGUGCUCACUUUUCUAAGACCCAAAGACAGAUCCGGCCUCUCCCUGGAAACAGAUAUAUGAACGAUGACUGAAAGGGGAAUACUUGUGUGUGUUUAUCACAAGAAUGCUGUUUGUAUGUAUUUAUGUCCGAAUACGUUUCCUCCAAUCAAUUUGUGAUGCUGUCAUUAGUCAAUACACCGCAAUCCUUCCAAUAAUCUUCCCUGUGCAUUGUUACAAGUAAGCACAAGUAUGUAAACAUCUGAUAUUUAGAUCAGAACUUGUCAUAUCAGAAAAUCAGGGAAUUAUGAUUUUGUAAUCACUAUUAAAAGGUGACUUUGAAGAUUUUUAACCUU